AUGCAAAUUAUUUAGGUUGUAAAAUAGAAACCUUCCAAUAAUCAAAAAAAUAAUCCUUAACUAUUAGAACAUAAGAUAAAUAGGUUUCGAUAAUUCUUUUAUCUACAUUAAAACUCUAUGCUUAAUAAUUUGUGUAAUUAAGUACACUCUCACUGCAUCACAAUCUCAUUUAAAGUGUUAAUGAACUUAAUAAAUUAAACAACCUCAUCUACUUAAAUUACUCUAUGUUCAGCACAAUCCAUUUACUAUUAAUCAGACUUAUUCAACUGUUAUAUUGUAAAAGUUUGCUAUUUGGAACAACUUGAUAAUUAGAGAUUAAAUUAAUAGCACUACUAGUAAUACUUUCAUUGGAUCAGAUGUAUUGGUUAAUUAUACUUAAUCCAUAUUUGA